AUUUUGUUGUUGCUAUUGAAAGUGCGUAUUGAUUUUUUAGUUGUAAAAAGUAAAAUUCGUAAAAGAAAACUCAAUAUACUGAAUACAUACAAUAAAAACAAUAUUAAAUUGUAAGACGAACAAAAAGAAAACAGCUUAAAUAUGUUGAUUAAACAAGUUUUUAAAGAAUUUCCAUGAAAAUUACAAUAAAUGUAAUUCAAUUGUUUAUUACGUUUUCGAUUUUACAACAAGUGAAUGAAAAACAAAACGAGAAGUGUUUUCUUUUUUUCAUUGCCCAAAAAAUUAGAAUGUUGAUCAAUGACCCACAUAGUUUGAGGAAAAUAAUUUGCUGGACUUGACCUAAUUUAUGGAUAAAAUUGUUAUCAAAACCAGGAAAUUGUUAAAAAUAUACUAUUAGAUACGUCUUGAAAGUGAUACCAAAAGGGAGCAGCAUUUUAUUCGUUUAUAAUGGGAGGCUCUGUUAGUCAAAUAUUUCGUUCGGGCUCUGCCUUGUUAUCACAUCGUGAUGGUCACAAGGUUUCAAAGGCUACUGAAGAAAAAAUUAAAACUUUAUUCGAAAUUCUUCGAGCUAAUCCCAAAAUAUCAAUACAACCAUUAGAGAGCUUACUCUUGGAAAUUCCGAAGAAUGAAAAUAUUUUGGUCAUACACGAUGAUUGUGGCUUUAAUAUUCUACAACGCAGUGUGGGUCUUAAUCACAUCGAAUUAACCAAAUGGUUAUUGCAACGUCAUCGCCCUGAUUUGAAUCGUAGUCCAUGUUCUCUACCCUUGCAUAUUGCCUGUCUGAAAGGGCACGAGUCAUGUGUGGAAUUGUUACUGAAAUAUGGUGCCCGCAUUGAAUGUGAUUCUCGCAUGUGUUUUCCCGGUUGCCAUAGUCCAAAUUGUGAACUUUUUCAGUACAAUACCAGUCACUAUGAAGAUGUCGAAUAUCGCGACCGUUUCGAUAAUUCCAAACUACAAAAUGCCAUUUGUUAUGCCAUUGAUGGUGACCAGAUAAAUGUACUUAAUAUUUUAGUUCAAAAAUUAGAUGAUCCGUGGAUCCCUUUUAGAUCAAAAAAACCUGUAUUUCAUUUGCUUCAUAUGGCAUGCGAACGUGGUGCCUGGAAUUGUGUGCAACAGUUAGUAGUAACUCGAUCAGACGAAAUAAAUCUCAUCAAAGAUGAAUACUAUCCCAUACAUCAUGCAAUAUUACAUGAACUGCGCUUUUUAGAGCUGCUUAUACACCAUGGAGCAGUAACGACAGUACGAACAUGUACCCAACAAUUUACACUUCUACACAUGGUCAUAUUUAUUGCCCGAAAAUCAGCUGAAGAUACACUUAGCAUUUUAAGACUUUUAUUGGAACGUGGAUGUAAAGAGCUUAUAAAUGAACCUGACGUUUUAGGAAAUACUCCGCUACAUUCAUUAAUAGUACGCUAUGCUUUGGAGGAGGCCAGAUACGGCUAUGAUAAAUGGAGUAAAUGGGAUGUUUUACAUUUAGUACGUUUUCUUUUGCAACAUGGUGCUAAAAACUCCAUUAAUCAGGCGGGCAAUAGUGCUUUAGCUUGUGUUUUUCGACACAUCCGUGAUAUGGAAGUAUGUUUUGAACUCUUAAGUAUGCUAAUUAAGGAAGAUGGUGAUCCAAAUAUUGUGGGUCGUGAUGGUUCAGUACCUAUUAUGGUCUUAUUGAUACCUUUAAUUAACACCGAUACUUUACAACAUUAUACUCACUCAAUGAAGGUCUGUUUCGUUAAUUGCAUUCGUAUAUUACUACAACACGGUGCCAACCCAAAUUGUUCGUAUCAUCAUAACUUGACACCAUUACAAGUUUUAGUAUUUACUGUUAGUGAAAAUUUUACCUUGAGCUGUGACACACUAAGACGCACAAAUUUUGAUUUUAUUAAAAAUAUUUUACUCUUGCUACUGCAACAUGGUCUAGACUGCAAUCAAACAUAUCAAAACAUUCUACAGGCUGUAAUGGACAUGGUACGAAACGUUAGAGAUUGUCAAGAUAUGCUACGCAUACACGAGCUAGCUUUAACGCUCAUGCAAUACGGUGCUGACCCGAAUAUAGUAUUAAGUAGUAAGACCACUGGUGGCGCCAUAUAUUCCAAUGAAAUAGCCAGAUUUGGUGAUGCCUUAGGUUUGACGGGUUCCUCAGGGGACAGCGUAAACGGUGGUGGUAGUGGUUCUGGUGGAGUUGUUGGUAGUGGUGUUGUUGGAGGGGGUGGAGUUAGUGGCGUAGAUUCGGUAGGAGUUACACGUCAAUCUUUGAGUGAUACAACAUUUCGCAAUUCAUUUCGUACAAAUUCCCGCUAUUUAUUAUUUUAUUAUAUUGUGUUGAUCACAAAAAAAGAAUUUAUACUUAAUGAUCCCGACUUGAAUUUCACUCGUAUAAUACAUUUGUUUUACGCUACAAUGCAACAUGAUGCACUUUACAAUUGCCUCAAAUCAUUGCACAAUUUUUAUGUGGCCCAAGUGCCCAGCAAAAAGACCGAGCAGCUAAUAGCUGUCAUUUCAUCUUUGUAUCGCAAACCUCGCAGUCUAAAACAAUUAUCACGUCUUGCCAUUUAUGAAUCUUUGGAUAGGAAACUUGCACAAAAUAUAAAUAAACUCAAAUUGCCCGGUCUACUGAAAGACUAUGUCUUGAAUUUUGAACUGUAAUUUAGAGAAUAGUUUAGAUUGUUUAACUAAAAGAAAAUUUAAAGAACAAAAAUAAAACAGCCUUAGGGUAGGAAAAACAUAGUCAAACAAAAAACUGAUACCUGUUAAUAGCAAGAGUAAUAGAGAAUAGGAAACACUAAAGCCACAUAAAUUCAAAGAAAUUUCUAAAUUUGGAGUAGACUUGACUAGAUACUCUUUGCAAAAUAAUAAAUAUUUACAAAUAGGAAUGAUUAAAAGUCCAUAUAAAACCAACAACAAACUGCUAAUCGAACUCUGAGAAAAUAAUUAAAUAUUAAUCUCUUUUAUAUUUAAUGAUUUUUAAAUAAGGGAAAUGAAAUUGCUCAAUUAUUAUUCAGAAUUCUACUCUAAUGCCGACUCCAUUCAUAAUUUCAAGUUUCGCGUUCAGGAACUAAUUAUUAUUUUCAAAGUUAUAUUCAGCCUACCAUGGUUCUAAAUAUGUUUUAUGUAGUCAUGAGACAUUUUAAAAGAAUUUUUGUAAGAAUAAGGAAACUAAUGAAAAGCUUAAACCAAACAAAUAACAAUCUGAAUAUAAUUAAUAAUGAAAUAGUAUUUAAGAAGUCGCUAAAAAAUCUUUUUUUAAUAGUUUACAAUUAAUUUUAUGAACUUUUUGCAUUAGUACUAAAUUAGGGGGGGAAUCGAUAAUUUGUAAGUACAUAUGUAAUUAAUAUUUAUGUAGACUGCAUACAAAAUAUGUAUUUAAGUGUUAAUUUAUAUACAUAAAUGCAUUUGUAUGUAUUUAAAUCAGGGCAAUUUGUAAUUUAAAAGUUGUAUGUGCCAUGUUGAGCAAUUUAAACUGAUAAAUAAAUAUACACAAUAUAUCUGAAUAGCUAUUUAUAGAUUAAUAAAAAUAAAAAAACAGGAAAAAUAUAAAAUGAAUCAAGUUAACAUUAUAAUGUUUUCUCAAUUAAUUAGUUUAAAUUCAAAUUGUUUUUCGAGCACUUAUUUAAAAUUUAAAACAAUCGUGAAAUAAUCUCACAAUUAUUUACCAGAACACAUACAUACAAACAUAAAUACGUAUUGCCAAAAAAAAUCAUAGAAAAAUAAAUUCAUCAUUACAACUUUAAAAUCUACCAAAAUAUUGUUAUUAUUGUUCCUGUUAAACGAAAAAAAAUACAAAUUAUACUAAUUACAAUACAUAAAUAAAAUCUUAAAAAACUCACUCAUAAAAUAUUAAUUUAUGAAUAUCCAUACAUUUAUUAAUAAUAUGUUUAUUGAACUUUAAGAAAUGCAUUGUAAUAUUGUUAAUUUCUUUUUAUCUUUAACAAAAUUUGACUUUUAUAAAAAUUUCAAAUAA